AUGUUCAUCAAUAUCUUUCGGAAAAGUAGUAAUAAGAAGGUUCCUCAAAUAAAACUAUUGGAGGCCUUUGAUAAGCAUGAUAUUUGUGGAUUUCGUGCCGCCUUGAGUGCUGGAGCAAAUGCCUUAGAAUAUGAUGGUAAGAAUUUGUGUAUCUUUGAAAAGUCCUUAAAAACACCUGGUUGUUCGGAAUUUGUAAAAGCAUGUGUGGAUGCAGGUUGUAAUCCAAAUAAUAUCAAUAAAUUCUUUAAUAAACCGGCCAUACAUUUUGCGGUCGACUCCCAAGAUCCGGACAAUUUUAAACAGCUUUUAUCCUCGGGAUAUGCCGUAGUCAAUGAAACAUAUUUUGACUUAACUCCUCUUAACUCUUUGUGUAAAAACCUUAACAAUGAAAAUGAAAUGAACGUUAUAGAAUGUAUAAAAAUUUUACUGCACUAUGGGGCCUCUGCUAACAUAGCCGAUCAAGGAAAAAUGACACCACUGCACUAUGUGAUACAAAAUCAACAAAUGAAUAAUGUGCAAAAAAAUGAAAUCAUUGAAAUAUUUGUAUCUCUAACCAAGGUUGGCAUCGACAUCAAUAAGGAUCCUGAAUUAAGACGUAUAUUAGAUGAAACAUAUUCUGCAAUGGAUUCAGUGAACCAGAAAGCGGAGCAUUUAGCAAUACUUGAGUCCCUACAUUAUUGCCUUUUAGAUGAUAAUAUUGAACAUUUUGUAGAAUUGUACGGUAUUUAUGUAGAUGGUCUUAUUAAUGAUGAAAAGAUACAAUUGCUAGUGGAAUCCAUAAAGAACUCUGCCCAUAAAGUUUUUGAUUUUAUGUUCGAAAGUGGUCUGGAUUAUAAUAGAACCGAAAAUUGGGUUAAUACUCCCAUACAUAUAGCAUGGAGUAAUGGCAAUUGGUAUUGCCUGGAAAAGCUUUUGCAGCAUCCCCUUAUUGAAAUUCAUCCUAACGCUCGACCCUUAAUAGAUACUAUACGCAUAUUAAAUAAUGAGAAUAAUGAUAACAUGAAUGAAUAUAAACGCUUUUGGAAAAGUUUCGAUAUAUUAUUGGAAUCAGAAAAAGUCAAUAUAAAUGCCACUGACAAAAAUAAAUUCACUGCUCUCCAUUAUGCCGUUAAGUUUUACAAUAAUAAGGCAAUAAGAAAACUUUUAAAGAGUGGAGCUUGCAUUAGCCUUGGAAGCAACUACAAUGAAUUGCCUUUAAAUGGCAUGAGGGCCUCAGUGUUGGAAAAACAUUUAGAUGACUGUAUAUCAUCCACAGAACAUGACUUCGAUGACAAAAACUAUGAAAUAAUAAUAAGUUAUAAGAAUUUUGUGACUUCUCAACAAGACAAUGUGACGCAGAUGAAUAAUUUUUUGUUACCCAUACAAUUUUUAGCUAAAUCCAGAGAACAUCAGUAUUUAUUGCAUCACCCGGUAAUAAGUACCCUCUUUUAUCUCAAAUGGUAUUACUUUAAUCAGGAUAUGGACUUAAUGUUGCAACGUAAUAUGGCGGUUGCUUGUAUUCUUGUUUUGGCCUGUGGGUUGUUUUUAUUGGUCGGCUCUUUCCCCUUCUCUUUCAUUUCCACACAUUUGCUAAUGUUGAAGGCUGUUUUUAAAACAUUCGUCAAGAGUUUUCUUUUGUACUCUUUUUUUAUAUUCACAUUUACUUUGUGUUUCUACAUCCAAUAUGAUAAUAAGCCCCCCAUAAAUGAGAGGGAGAAGGAGGAUGACUUUAAUAGAUUCUCUAAUCCCUUGGUGGCCUUUACUAAAACCAUUCUGAUGUUCACCGGAGAAUUCGAUGCUAGUAGUCUAGAGCUGGACUCUUAUUAUAAAUAUUCGUUGUUUCUCUCUUUUGUAUUGUUUGCAGUUAUUUUGUUUAAUCUACUCAAUGGCCUGGCGGUAAGUGACACUCAGGCAAUUAGAAAUCAAGCAGAAUUCAAUGAUAUCCUCUGUCGUAUUGAUGCUUUAUCUCGUUCUGGAAUAUAUAAUUGCCAAUUUAAGUGGUUAAAUAAAGCCAUUUCAUUAUUUACCAACUAUUUUUCAUCUGAAUUCACUAUCCGUGGUAAAGUCUCUAUUUUUCCCAAUAAAGGGAAUACAGUUUUUUAUCCGAAAGUCAAGACAAACUUGCAUGCAGCGACUAUAAAGGAUUUUGGAAAUGAUAAAGAUACUAUUGUGCCUCUAACAGAUAGCUAUGAAUAUGUAAGCGAUGUUUUUUGUAAGAAUAAAGUGCAACAGGUCAUUGAUAAGCGUACGGUCACUCAAGCCAUGUCAAUUUUGGAAAAUAAAUCCACUCAGAGCAUAGAAUGUCGGAUAGAGGUUAUAGAAGAGAAACUAAAUACACUUAUAGAAACCUCAAACCAAUUAGUUAAAAAUAUGAAUUUAAUGAUGUCAAAUAAAUCUUGA